AAUGGCGCGAGUUUGUUACUUUGUUUAUGUUCUCCUAACAACACAAGUUUUAKUUGCUUUAUGCUUCGAUAUUCCUUUCUCAGAGCCUAGUAAAUGCUCUUCUAGUCAGUAUUUCAGRUUUUCGUCGUUAGAGUGCAUUGAUUGUGGCUCUGGCAAGAAACAAAGUACUGAUMGMYUGUCMUGUGUUUGCAACGAUGGAUUCAAAAUCGUCGAAAAAUAUGGUGGACCGGAAUUGAAGUGUGAAUCGUGUCGGGCUUUGAAUAAAACUACUUCUUUAGAUGGCUGGUCUUGUAUAUCAUGUCCUAGCAACCUGSUUUUUGACAUUACUAGUGGUCAAUGUACGGACUGUACUUCAGGAUCGGUUGCAGUCGAUCGUCAACCCGACGGAACUUUGCUCAGCGAACGAGCAUGUGUUCGUUGUUUGAUGGACACGGCACCUUCCUACAACAGCGGCAAUUGUAAACGAUGUCAUUCAACGUUCUUAAGAAGCAAUGUCACURGUUUGCUAUGUGACUGUCCACAGGCAACCCAUGAUGUUACUGGCGGUGUUUGUGUCUCSAAAUCUAAYCUCGUCACUGAGAGAUCAAAUGACAUAUUCACGGUUACCUAUGACAACGGCAAAACUAUUGUGUCAUAUUUCUUUAAAGAGCAUUUCCAGUCCUCCCAAGCUCUUUGUAAUCUUUAUCAAAAUUUCACUGCAUGUCAACUUCUUGGCAAUCUUUGCGUGCUGCUAGAUUAUACACUUGAGUUAGAAAAGUCGACAUCAGAAACUGACGCAUGCAAAGUGUACUUAGAUAUUAGUGAGAAACGAGACUACAGGAGCAGGAACUUUGAUUGGCCRGUUAACAUGCCGUGGUUGUAUUACAAAAAUGAAAAUUCAGGAGAUGCMACRGAUAUUCUCAACAAAAAAGAUAUUGCCGUUAAAUUCCAAGCUAAUAGUCUGAUUACUKUCACCCUGAGCACGUUUACCUUGAAYGGAUCUUUUGUAGGGCUUCAAAAUGGACUUUCACAGUUACAGCUAUGCCAAGAUAGGCUGASCAAGAUGGAUGCAGCUAACAAGUUUGCUACUACAUUUGUCUCAUCGUGUUCAAUCCCUGUAUCAAGACUUUUAACUACUAAAAUGUACUUCUACGACAUGUGGCUGCUUCUUGAAGGAAAGACWCUCUAUCCAGUCCCCAUUCUUGUUCAAAACUACAAAGUUAACAAAGAAACMGUCAACACAAAGUCUGAUCGUUCAAAAUGGCAGCUGAGUCGCCGCUUUUUCCUCGUAGAAAAUCUUGUUGGUAAAACAACUGAAGCAGGCAAACUGAACAUGAUUCGCUAUGCCAAGGAAAUACAAAUGUUUAUUAAUUUGAGGACAUCAGAUGGCCAAAUCUACCCACCCUACCUCAGUAUCAAGUAUGACUCUGUUGAUGUAUCGGAUGAUGCAGAAGUUGCUAAGUCAAGCAAGGAUGUAUCAUUUAAAGUCACAUAUCUGAUGGAUGAAGCACAGAUCAAGGAAGAUACACAUAUGGGAAAUGUCAGUAUCUUCAUCAUGGAAAAUACUCUGUUUGGUUACUACAUACAUGGSCGUUCUGUACACGGACGGGCUGAUACUAACAUGAGAGAGAUCAACGAACAGAUGAAGAGAGAAGAAGAAGACUUGUGUGGRCAGAGAGGCCUGGAACCGAACUCUGAGCAUCAGACAUUCGAGGUUGGGCUGCCGCACAAGUUYCGACAACAGUAUAACCAAGUCGUUGAACCACUACGUCAGAGAGACCAGCAGGCACAGCGAAGAAACAUCCCUGCGUCAUCAGGAGGCUCUGGUGGUCAAGGCAGCCUUCCUAUCGCGAUUGAACGAAGUAUCCAAUCUUACAUGGCAAUGAAUAGAUUUCUUUCUGGCUUCAUCGACCACUCACUGCGUGACAUGGACUACCUAGUCUACGAUAAGCUCCUCUUUGAAAGGAUCUUUAAUAUAGAAGUACGMGAGCAGCCGUUGGAUAAAGCUAUAUUCUACAAAGACGACGGAAAGUCCUUUAAUUCAGUGCUGUUUUAUGGACAUGAAUGGACGCUGAUGUUGUUUGAUUUGUUGGUUUUUGCUGUGGUUGAUUUUAUUGCGACGGAUUAUAUUCUUGCUGGGAUCCUGACGUACAUCAUUAGUAAGGUACUUGCAGCUAUUCGAGACAGUAUGGGGAGAAGAAAUCUAGCUAGAAAGACAAUGGUUGAUCAACGAUUCUUGAUAUGAACUGUAGAUAAUAGAGCUUGUAAAAUAGUAAAGCGUUUAUUUAUUUGCACAUCGUUAUACAUGCAUGUUUUCUACAAGAUCAAUCUUCUUCAAAAGUGCAUCUAACAGUUGUACAUAUUUUAGAUAUGAACAGGGUUCGUGCUAUUCCUUGAAAGCAUUGAGAAUCCAUGGAGCUUAAAAAUUCUUGAACGAAAAGCCCUAUAAAAUCAGAAAAAAUGCUAAAACAUCUAAAAUACUCCAUGAAUUUGAUGCAACCUGCAAUUUGUUUAAACUUU